UUAAAUUUUUCAGGUGGAUAUUUUAAUAAUACAACAGUCUAUGUGUGGAAUUUUGUAACAUUGUAUGCGGUAAUGAUUAAUUUGAAAAUUUUUCUAUUAUAGACUCCAUUUUUUGCAAAGAUUGACUUUGCCUCAGCAUCAACAAACUCUUCAUCAGAUUGGUUCCUGUGUGUCAUAUGGUUUACAAGUCAGUGGGAAUUAAGCACAGCACAUUCAAGCUGAAAAGCCAGAUAAGGAAAUGUACUCCUUCUCUUGACAGUUCUAAUCUAACUUGGCUAAAGCCAGUUUUUAGGUUAACUUGGGCAGAAAAGUGAAGAGAAUGCUGCACUUUAACCGAUGUCCGCAUCUGAAACAAAUAGCCCAGAAAUGUUUUUCUAGUAUACAUGUUAGAACGGAUAAACAUGUGCAGCUGUUUCUUUCAAGAACCUUUGCACUUGCAGAAUUCAGAAAGUCGUGGCACUCAACCCACUCUCUUGUUGGAGACAAAAAUAUUAUCCUGAUGGGACCGCCUGGUGCUGGGAAAACAACAGUAGGCAGAAUAAUAGGUCAGAAACUAGGUUGUUGUGUCAUAGAUGUGGAUGAUGAUAUCCUUGAAAAAACCUGGAAUAUGAGUGUGUCUGAAAAAUUACAGGAUGUUGGUAACGAGCAAUUUUUAGAAGAGGAAGGAAAAGCCGUGUUAAACUUUUCUACAUCUGGAAGUGUGAUUUCCCUUACGGGGUCCAAUCCAAUGCACGAUGCUAGCAUGUGGCAUCUGAAGAAAAAUGGGAUAAUUGUAUACCUGGAUGUACCUCUGAUAGAUAUAGUCAGCCGCUUAAAAUUAAUGAAAAUCGACAGGAUUGUAGGUCAGGAUGCUGGAACACCUAUGAAAGACUUACUGAAGUUUAGAAGACAGUAUUAUAAGAAGUGGUACGAUACCCGGGUUUUCUGUGAAAGUGGGGCUUCCCCAGAGGAGGUCGCCGAUAAAGUGCUCAGUGCAGUCAAACGAUACCAAGAUGUGGACUCAGAAACGUUCAUUUCCACGAGACACAUUUGGCCCAAAGACGAUGAACGGAAGGUUUCAACAAAAUUCUUCAGCGAAGCAGUGAUCGAGGGGUUAGCCUCUGAUGGUGGACUCUUCGUCCCUGAGAAAGAGUUUCCGAAAUUAAACUGCGGGGAGUGGAAAAGCCUUGUAGGAGCCACCUACAUAGAAAGGGCCCAGAUCCUGCUGGAAAAGUGUAUCCACCCUGCUGACGUACCUGCUGCCAGACUGGGAGAAAUGAUCGAGGCUGCUUAUGGGGAAAACUUUGCCUGCUCAAAAAUUGCCCCCGUCAGACACCUCUCAGGCAACCAGUUCAUCCUGGAGUUGUUUCACGGACCCACAGGGUCAUUUAAAGAUUUGUCUUUGCAGCUCAUGCCUCAUCUUUUUGCACACUGUAUUCCACCAAGUUGCAACUAUAUGAUCCUUGUAGCUACUUCCGGAGACACCGGGAGUGCGGUCUUAAACGGUUUUAGCCGUAUUAGUAAGAAUGAUAAGCGAAGAAUAGCUGUGGCCACAUUUUUUCCUGAGAACGGUGUAAGUGACUUUCAGAAAGCACAAAUAAUUGGCAGUCAGAAAGAAAAUGGAUGGGCAGUGGGUGUCAAGUCCAAUUUCGAUUUUUGCCAGACAGCCGUCAAAGGAAUUUUUAGAGAUUCUGAUUUUACUGGCUUUCUUAUUAUGGAAUAUGGAACAGUCUUAAGUUCAGCUAAUUCCAUAAACUGGGGCCGACUGCUUCCCCAAGUAGUUUAUCAUGCUUCUGCAUAUCUUGAUCUUGUUAGCCAAGGAUUUAUUUCCUUUGGAAGCCCGAUCGAUGUCUGUAUUCCCACAGGAAACUUCGGUAACAUUUUAGCAGCAGUGUAUGCCAAAAUGAUGGGAAUCCCUAUUCGCAAAUUUAUUUGUGCCUCUAAUCAGAACCACGUUUUGACCGAUUUUAUAAAAACAGGACACUACGACCUAAGGGAAAGAAAAUUAACACAAACCUUUUCACCAGCAAUCGAUAUUCUUAAAGCUUCAAACCUGGAACGACAUUUGCACUUGAUGGCUGAUAAAGAUGGCGAGUUAAUGACAAAAUUAUUUAAUCAGCUCGAAGAGCAGCAUCACUUCCAGAUAGAGAAGAUGCUGGUGGAGAGACUGCAGCAGGAUUUUGUCGCUGACUGGUGCUCCGAGGGAGAGUGUCUGGCAGCCAUCCGUUCCACUUACAACACUUCAGGGUAUAUUCUGGACCCACAUACUGCUGUUGCAAAAGUGGUUGCAGACAGAACGCAGGACAAAACUUGCCCAGUGAUUGUCUCAUCGACGGCUCAUUACUCGAAGUUUGCACCUGCUAUCAUGCAGGCUUUAAAGAUUAAAGAAAUCAACCAGGCUUCAUCAAGUCAGCUUUAUUUACUGAGUUCCUACAAUGCGUUGCCUCCGCCGCAUGAAGCCUUAUUAGAGAGAAUGAAACAGCAAAAGAAGAUGGAGUACCAGGUCUGUGCAGCGGAUGUGAAUGUCCUGAAGAAUCAGGUGGAAAAACUGAUACAAAAUCAAUUCGUAUAACAAUGUUUUGAGUAAAAUGUUUUUUUUUUUUUUUUCCUGGUGAUAGGCAUGCAAAAAUAAAUCCCAGACACUGAUCUGCAGUACAAUAGCAUUUUCAUUUUUCCGUAAAUAUAUCUACAUGUAGAUCCAUUAUCUUUUGGAAUUUCAAGUAACCUGAUCUCUGUAACUGAACAUUGUACCUGCACAUGCUCCUUGGAACCUUAUAAUCUGGAGGUCAAAACGGUAGCACAGUGCAUGGAUCUUUGUGCUGGGCUGUGUUUUGCCCUCAUGAGGGAUUCAUCAGUUUUCACGUCCUCAUCCCUACUUUGAAGUGGAUCAGAAUGUCUGGUAUUCAACUUGGCAAUUAGAAUAUUUGAGCAUAGUUGUUAAGUAAUACAUCUGUAACCAUUACUGGUUUUCUAUUGACUAGAAAGAUGAUUUAUCAUUCAAAUGGCUAUCUUGUAUGGAAGAAGAAGUAAGUUCAUCUGUUAAUACAGGGCCAGUGUUUUUACCUCUCUUCCAAGUCCCAUUGUGGACUACAACUAAUUAUAUGCGUCCUGCGCCAUCCAAAUUAGAUAAGUGCUCUGUCCUUUCCUCCAUCCCUUUUGGAUGGUUGUGCUUUCGGUGAUGUAUUUUGAAAAUCAAGACACAUAAUUUAAAUCUAGGAUAUAAUCAUCUACAUAACUUAGUGGUAGAUAUAGAAGUAAAAUUAUCUAUUUCAUGAGAAAAGUUUUCCAAAAUUCAGAGUACUUCAAUAGUCUUAAUAGAAGUAUAUUUAUAGUAUAGGUAGCAGUUUUUCUAUAUUAUUUGGAGUCCAUUCCAAUGUAAUUUGUCUGUGGUCUCUCUCUUCGAUGAACAUUGUCUUUUUUGGCAACUGAAGUCACACAAAAUUGAAAGCACACAUAUCUAGCUAGCUUUUCUUUCCUUGUAGUAAUAAUAAUUUUAACCAUGAUUUACCUUUGUGAAUUUACUGGAUAUUUUAUUUCUGAAUUAAAGAUUGUUAUUCAGAGGAUUUGUAAUGUAAUGGACUACUCUCAACCACAAGAUGGCAUUCCUAACAUAAUUUGUCUUUGCUGAUAAUACUCUGCUUCAUUUUCUAGUUCAUGGAGGAACUACCUCCAUGAAGAAACAUAUUAAAAGUUGUAAAGAAAAAAUUUUAAUGGUUUAAUGAGUAGAAACAAUUGGUUUAAAAAAUACUAAAAAUCAAACUGAUUUUGUGUUAACGUUGGAUGUAGCUUGGCUUCUACAAAGUAAAUUCUAAAACCAAAAAUUGAAAACCAGAAGCAGGGACAAAAAAAUCAUGGAGGAUUCAAAGUUCAGUUAUUCAUGUCUU